GUUCGCGGUGGAAAAAAAAGUCAGUCGGAAAUCGGCCGCGUCCGCAAAGGCAGCAGAAAAGUUCCGCGAUAGUUUUGGGUGCGGUUCCGCUGUGCAGAAAUGCUGAAGUUUAUCCGUGGGAAGGGGCAGCAGGUGUCCGUGGAGCGCCAGAGGCUGCAGAAGGAGUUGUUCGCGUACCGCAAGACGGUGCAGCAUGGCUUUCCGCACAAGCCCUCCGCCCUGGCGUACGACGAGAGGCACCGCCUGAUGGCCAUCGGCACGCACUCGGGCUCCAUCAAGGUGUUCGGGCGGCCGGGCGUGGAGUUCUACGGCCAGCACGCCGCCGCGGCGUCGCCGGGCGCCGCGGGGGCGCAGGAGUGCGCCGUGCAGCUGCUGGAGUGGGUGCCGGGCACGGGGCGCCUCCUGUCGCUCACCACGGCCAACCAGCUGGUGUUCUGGGAGCCCGCCGGCGCCAUGCUGGUGCCGCUGAAGACCUUCUCGCUGGACGGCAAGCUGAAGAAGGUGUCGUCGCUGUGCUGCUCGCUGGACAAGGACGUGGUGUUCAUCGGCACGGAGGGCGGCAACGUGUACCAGUUCGAUCUGGAGAGCUUCAGCAUCCGCGAGCCCAUCAUCUACCACGACGUGGUGCUGGAGCAAGUGCCUUCCACGUACAAACUCAACCCCGGCGCCAUCGAGUGCCUCCGCCAGCUGCCCACGGACGCCACCAAGCUCCUCAUCACCUACAACCGCGGCCUGUGCGUGCUCUGGGACCUCACCAGCGGCGCCGUCGUGCGCUCCUUCGUCGCCCCCGGCCACGGCCAGAGCGUGGGCAUCCACGUGUCCUCGGACGGCGAGCACUUCACGUGGUAUCACGCCGACGGCUCGUACGCGCGCUGGCGCAUCGCGGACGCCGGCGUGCCAGACAACGAGAACUACGUGCCUUACGGCCCGGAUCCCUGCAAGUCCAUCAACCGGCUGGUGUCCGGGCGACGCGCCGGCAAGGACCUCGUGGUGUUCUCCGGCGGCAUGCCGCGCUCCGCGUACGGCGACCAUCACUGCGUGUCCGUGCACUGCGCGGACGGCGCCAAAGUCGCCCUGGACUUCACGUCCAAGGUCGUGGACUUCUUCGUCACGUUCGGCGACGAGCAGGAGGCGCAGGUGCUGAUUGUGCUGCUGGAGGAGGAGCUGGCGGCGUACGACUUGACGGAUCCCAAAGUGCCUGUCGUGAAGACACCUUAUAUGCAUUCCAUUCACGCCUCCGCCGUGACAUGCAACCACCUCGUCUCCCAGGUGUCAGCUGAGGUUUAUGAGAAGAUCAUCAUUGCUAGGCAGCAGCAGCAGCAGGCGAACAGCCUGAUUGAGUGGCCAGUGAGUGGAGGACGCUUGCAGGAGCGAUUCAAGGAGAGUGGCGAGGUGACGGAGUACGAUAUAUUGCUGACGGGCCACGAAGAUGGCUCGGUGAGAUUCUGGAAUUGCAGUGAUGUGAUUCUCACGCCGAUCCUGAACUUCAAGACGGCGCCGCUGUUUGGCCACGGCGAGCCUGAGGCGGAGCAUGGCCAGGAGAAUUCAGAGCCACUGGACGAUUCUGAGCCGCCAUUCAGGAAGGCGGGCAAUUUUGAUCCCUACUCAGACGAUCCACGCUUGGCGGUGAAGAAGGUGGCGCUGUGCCCCAAGACGGGCACUCUGGUGGUGGCCGGAACGGCGGGACACAUUGUGGUGGCGAGCUUUGACAUCCUGCAAUCCGAGGUGCCGCUGAAGGUGACGACGAUGAAUCUGGUGAGCGAUCGCGACGGAUUCGUGUGGAAGGGACACGAUCAGCUGAAUGUGCGCCAGCAGCUGCUGGACGACACGUACACCACGGACGAGGGGAUUCAGGUGGUGAGUGUGCUGCAGGUGCUGCCGCCGGCGGGCAUCACCGCCGUGGCGCUGGAGUCGUCGUGGAAUCUCGUGGCGGCGGGAACGGGGCACGGACUCGUGCUGUUCGACUACUUCAAUCAGCGUCCGGUGUUGCACAAGUGCACACUCAAUCCCAAUGACUUGAGUGGCGCCGGUGAGACGUUGUCCAGGAAGAAGUCUUUCAAGAAGACGCUCAGGGAGUCCUUCAGGCGUCUGCGUCGCGGACGCUCCACCAGGAACAACCCAGCGGCCGCCGCUGCUGGCCAGACCACCACCAGUCCCAUCCUGGAGACGCGUCCCAUUGAGCGACAGGUGGAGGCGCGUCCGGUGGACGACGGCAUGGGCUCGAUGGUGCGCUGUCUGGCCUUCGCGCAGACCUACAUCACAAAUGUCCACUCCACCGUGCCCACUCUCUGGUCCGCCACCAAUUCCAGCUGCGUGUCCGUCUUCGUCGUCCACUUGCCGCCCAAGUCGGACGAGGAAUUGCCGCCGGAGCAGCGCAAGUCCGUGACGGGGCAGCUGGCGAAGGAGAUUCAGCUGAAGCAUCGGGCGCCUGUGGUGGGAAUCGCCGUGGUGGAUCACAAUGGUGUGCCGCUGGACUUCCCGGGCGCCGGCAUGGCGCCGCAUCGGGUGCUAAUUGCGUCCGAGGAGCAGUUCAAGGUCUUCUCCCUGCCGCAGCUGAAGCCAGUGACCAAGUACAAGUUGACGGCGCACGAGGGCGCUCGUGUGAGGCGCAUGUCCUUCGGGCUGUUCUCGUGUCCGGCGCCAGUUGAUGCCGCCAGUCCGGCGAGAGGAGCAGGACGAGCUCAGGCUGAGGAUCAGACGGAUGAGAAGAAGAGAUACACGGAAGUUGGGCUGCUGUGUCUGACGAAUCUGGGCGAUUGUCUGGUGCUGUCCGUGCCGGAGCUGAAGAGACAACUGAAUGCGGCCGCUGUGCGUCGCGAGGACAUCAAUGGCAUCUCCUCGCUGUGCUUCACCAAUCACGGCGAGGCUCUCUACAUGAUGUCCUCGUCGGAGAUUCAGCGCGUCACGCUGUCGUCGGCGAAGAUGAUCUGUCCGGAGGGCGUGAUUGAUCUGGAGCCGUACGUGGGCUCCGAGGAGUUGGACACGACGCCAGUGGUGGUGGCGGACGAGGAGGAGGUGAAGAGUGACUUGAAUGCUUCCCUGGGCGCCAGCAGUGACGCCCAUCACGCCGAGGGUCUGACCAAUGGCUCGCUGGAGGGCAACAAUCGCGCCAAUGAGACCAUCAGCAGCUCCAUGGGCGACAUCACAGUGGAUUCGGUGCGGGAUCACCUCAACAGCACCACCACGACGCUCUGCUCCACCACCACGGAGGAGAUUGUGGGACGCGUGAGUGUGCUGACGACGCGCACCAGUGACAAAGUCACGUCGGCCACCAUCAAGGACUUGGACAACCUCAACUCCCUCAAUCUCAAGGAUCUCUCGCCGAUUGGGGACACCACAGAAUCUAACACCACGUCCGUGGUGGUGAAGUCCGUCAUCACGUCGAUAUCGCACGGCGGCACGAACGGCGAGCCGGAAACCGUCACCACCACAACGUCCUCCACCACCAGGAAGGAGAGCCAGUUCUAGGCGCGGCCACGGCGUGAAUAAGUGCAAACAACUUCCGCAGUAUUAGGAGAAGAGCGAGAGAAAGAGAGAAAUCACCAGACGGAGUUGGUCUCCUAUUCAGGACAGUUUAUCCUUCAAUGUGUCGUAUUUUUUCACAUUUAUAACACACACACAACAACUUACUUAGAAUGUAAUUUUUUUUAAUGUUUAGUGACGGAGAAAUGAGAUGUUAAUGUUUAGAAAUUAAUCGUAAUGAAACAUUGCCUUAUAAAAUAUCUAUAUAUAUUCCUUUCGAGAAGAGAGAAACAGGAUGAAAAAAUAUCACUAAGGAUCCUUUUUUUAUAUAAGAAAUAUAUCCCCCAAUUAAUGCUUAAGGAUGUUUCAGAAAUGGACCUAAAAAAAAGAAAUACAAAAAACUAUACUUUUCGAUGAAUUUAUCAAUGAUGAAUUUUUGGAGAUGAUAGAAUUUUUAUGUAAUGUUAGUAAGUGCGAAGAUUCCAUCUAUAUAAUGUAUUGCAUUUUCGUUUUUAAAAUAUAUUUUCUUGAAAUAUUGAUUGUAAUCUAAAAGUGUUUCUAUUCACUUGACGCGCACUGUUGACUUUCGACCAGUUUUCGAAUGUG